UGAGAUUGCAGACAAAGAUUACAACUCUCCGUGGCACUUGAUUUGAAAACCUGGUGAUUGUCCUGAUUUCCGUCGGCUUCUUUGGAUAAUACUGGACACAACCAUCAAACACACAGCUUACGAUUCAUCUCCCUGACGGAAUCAAUACCUACCUGCUGGCCAGACACCAAAAUAUUUAGGCCAAACUUUGAGCUGAUAAAAAAAAAGUUGUUUCCGUUAUAUUUGCCACCUAAAGAUUUCCACCAUGCCAGAAUCCAGCAGACUGAAAGAGUACAAGAACAAGGGACGAGAUGUGGAUGAGAUGCGUCGGCGGCGUCAGGAUGUUUCAGUUGAGUUGAGGAAGCAGCGGAAGGACGACCAGCUGUUGAAGAGGCGGAACGUCGCCCUGGACGACGAGCCCACCAGUCCACUCGGGGACGCCUCAAGCAGGCAAAAUGUUGUUCCGGACAUGAGCCUGCAGGAGAUGAUAGCUGGAAUUAAUGGGUCAGACAGUGAACUGCAGAUGAAGGCUACGAGGGCUGUUCGAAAAAUCCUGUCCAAGGAGCGGAACCCACCCAUUGAUGACAUCAUACAGUCUGGGGUUAUCCCAAGACUGGUUGAAUUCCUGUCACGCUCUGAUAGUGCUGAGCUUGAGUUCGAGAGUGCUUGGGCCCUUACCAACAUUGCGUCAGGAUCCAGUGACCAGACAAAGGCAGUGGUAAAUGCCGGGGCUGUGCCCAAGUUUGUCAAGCUGCUUGAGUCUCCACACCCUAACGUGUGUGAACAGGCUGUCUGGGCUCUGGGAAACAUUGCUGGUGAUGGCCCAGACCUGAGGGACUAUGUGACAGACUGUGGCAUUGUAGAACCACUGCUUAGGCUCGUACAGGUCGACACCACGCCUGCAUUCCUGCGUAACGUUACAUGGACGCUGUCAAACCUGUGUAGGAACAAGAACCCCCCUCCCAACUUCAAGGUUGUGAAACAGUUUUUGCCCACAUUGAACCGUCUGCUCCACCACACGGACAAGGAUGUGCUGUCUGACACAUGCUGGGCUCUCUCCUACCUCACGGAUGGAACCAAUGACAAGAUACAGGAGGUCAUUAACAGUGGUGUAGUUGCGCGGCUGAUAGAGCUCCUGCAGCACAAUGAAGUGGUUGUCGUUACACCUGCCCUCAGGUCUAUUGGCAACAUUGUCACUGGAGAUGACUCCCAAACUCAGCAUGUGAUAGACAGCAAGGCGUUACCGGUUUUCCAGAAACUUCUCCGUCACCCAAAGCUCAACAUUCAGAAGGAGGCAGCAUGGACAAUAUCCAACAUCACCGCGGGCAACGCUGACCAAAUACAGGCUGUCAUAGAUGUAGAGAUCCUACCCCUUGUCAUUGAUAUACUUAAAAAUGGUGACUACAAGAGUCAGAAGGAGGCCGUGUGGGCGGUCACCAAUCUGACAUCGGGAGGAACUAUGGAGCAGAUUGGGCUCCUCGUUAAUCUGGGCGUGAUCCCACACCUCUGCAACAUGCUCACUGUCAAGGAGUCCAAGGUCAUACUCGUCAUACUUGACGCCCUUGGAAAUGUACUCCUGGCUGCAGAGCGGGCAGGUUCUGAGGUUCUGAAUGCAGUGACCCUGAUGGUCGAGGAGAGCGGAGGGCUGGACAAGAUCGAGGGGCUUCAGAGUCACGAGAACGAGACCGUCUACAAGGCCUCACUUGAGCUCAUCGAGAAAUACUUUGGGGAUGGGGAGGAGGACCAGAAACUGGCUCCCGAGGCUCAGGAAGGGGCCACAGCCUACCAGUUUACUGCCGCCAACGCAGCCCCUGCUCAACAGUUCUCCUUCUGAGGCCUCUCACACGGAAGUAGGGAUUCACAACACACGGGGUGGGGACCCCUUAAUACAAGACUAUUUAACUAAACUACCCAGGACUUAAGUGUUGUCUUGACAUUCUUCUACCAAUGUGUUCAAUGUCCUCUCUUCCUUGAAUUACUUUCUUUUUCUUUUUCAGCUGUACUUUUUUUGUCAUCAGUACUAAAGUAUCAUAUUAAUUAGAUCUUAAAAAGGAUUAUUGAAAUUUGUUAAUCUAUUUGGUUUAUAAUAUUAUAACAUUUGAUCUAACAGAAUUAUGAAAACAUUCUUGAAGGACAAAGUUGCACAUAGCUUUGUUAAUACUCAGAGAUUCCUUCCACAUUCCUAAAUUUCAGGAACAAAACAGCUCAGUAUUGAUUAGUACAAUCAAGGUUUUGUGUAGACACAAGCAUUUUUCAUCAAGUUAGGCAUUUCAGGAGAUUGUUUUGUGAGAUUAUAAUAUGUGCUCAAGUCGGAUCAAUGUAAUUAUGAUUGUGCUAUUUUAUGCUGUGUAAGUGCUAUAUAAAGUUUUAUACAAAAAAGAUUGGAUGACUUUGAUAAAAUAUUGUAGUGAUUACCUGAAUAUAUGAAUGAAUGGUUUUAUAGCUGCUCAAGUCGGUACUACUGUUCUAUUAGAUGUUACAUAUAUGAAACAUUUCUUGUGUAAGACACUAAUUUUCCACAUCAAUGAUGUAUACACCCUGUUAUUUUUGAAACAGCUAUUUGUAUUUCAGGUUUCUGUGCAAUACCCUCUCUUCCUAUCCUCUCUCACUCUCCCUGUCAUUUACAUUUUCACAUCGGGUGCAGGCUUUUGUAUACAAAACAUCAUGUCAUUAAAUUAUUCACAGAUA